AUGUUAGAUAAAUUUCUUCGAUACUAUCACAAUCAAAUACUAUCCAUGUUUAUUUCUAAUACAAGUAAUAUUUAUUAUUUAUUAAUAUUAGUGCCAACUAAACCAUGUUUUAUACUCUCUAUCAUCUUUGCUACUUUUUAAUUACUUUUUGCUUACAAAGCCUUUUUAACUUUGAGUUUUCAAACUUGGGUUGCAGGAAGAAUAUUUAGUUCUAUUGGAUCAACUCAUGUAUCUACCUCAAAAACAUAAAUUAUUGCUGAUCAAUUAAUAUAUUUAGCAUUCCCUAUUAUUGUGUUUUAACAUGGAUUUCUUACAUCACUUUUACUCAGCGUAAAUAAUUAUAUGGAAAUGUAUUCAGAUAAAUAUAAAGAUGUAAUAUAUCUCAAAUUAUUCAGCGCUGUAUUAUAGGACAUACUGAAAUAUUCUUAACUUAUUCUGCUUGUUAUUUAUUUCCAGAAUUUUUUGUAUUAUUUUUAUCAAUUAUCAAAGGAUAUCAUUAUGCUAAAUUUUAUGGGAUUAGUUGUUUUAUCAAUUAUUAGCGGUGUUUUAAUUGGCUUUUAAUGUAAAAUGUGA